AUGGCUAAGAGAAAGGAUAGACUUCUGAAAGAAGCAGCAAAGAAAGAAGGAGGAAUGCAACUAGAGUCAAUUUUGUUUGGGAAUUUUGUAAAUAAAGUUAAUGAUGAACAGAUAAGCUUUAUUACUGACAUAGACAAUUGCGAAAUGAGUUUAGAUGAGUUUAAAUCAGAAUUAAAAAAGCUCAACUCCUACUCAUCAACUUACUAUCAAUUAUGCAGAGAUCAGUACUACUCUAUUGAUAGAGCACCUCAUAUAAAUACUUCUUUCUGAAAUGAGUAA